AUUUUGUGGGUGUACUAUCUCUUUAACUUGAUUGCACGCGCACACGCACACGCCCCCUCCUCCACCCGGCCGCUCCUGCGUUUCAUUUUGAAGAGCUGUAUACUUUUGUUGCAACUUGCAAGAUGGCAAUGAAAUUGGCAUACUGGGAUAUACGCGGGCUUGCUCAACCAAUCCGUCUGCUGUUGGAGUACACUGGUACGAAGUAUGAGGAGAAGUUCUAUUCUUGUGGUGAGGCUCCCAACUAUGACAAAAGCUGUUGGUUUAAUGAGAAAGACAAACUUGGGAUGGACUUUCCUAAUUUGCCUUACUUAGAGGAUGGAGACACGAAAGUAGUCCAAAGCAAUGCCAUAAUGAGAUACAUCGCCCGCAAAAACAACCUCUGUGGGGAAACUGAAGAAGCGCAGACGAGAGUUGACAUCUUGGAAAACCAGGCAAUGGAUUUCCGCAAUGGCUUUGUCCAGCUCUGCUAUGGAGACUUUGACAAAAACAAAUCAUGCUACUCUGAGAAACUGCCAGGAACUCUAAAGCAGUUCUCUGACUUCCUUGGUGACAGGAAGUGGUUUGCUGGGGACAAGAUCACAUUUGUGGACUUCGUCAUGUAUGAGUUGUUGGAUCAGCAUCGUAUGUUUGACCCGGAGUGCCUGGAUGACUACAGAAACCUUAGAUGUUUCCUGGAUCGCUUCGAGAGUCUUGAGAAGAUUGCAGAAUACAUGAAGUCAAAGAAGUUCAUAAAAACACCCGUGAACAACAAGAUGGCCAAAUGGGGAAACAAGAAGGAGUGAAAAUGACAAGAGUGUCUGGAUUAUGUUUUUUUGGUACUACUUUUUUAACCUUCCCAAUAAACAAAGGAUUGGAGAAAAGUAUUUGUGACCUUAUUUUGACUCAAUAAAGUAGAGCACUGUUUUGUUCA